AAGAGUCCAGUAAUUAAAGCACUCCAAUCAGCUCAUCUCAACUAGCAAAUGCAUUGAAAGAACUAUCUUUGCAAAAUUAACUAAUGAAAUUUAUUAAUUUCGCAGUGGAAAAAAUACGGAUUCGCUAUAAAAUUGUAGUGAGUGCAGUGGAAGAUGUUGAUAUUUGUGUUGCGCUACUUCUUCGUUUAUUGGAUAUUGCUGGGUGGCAACGCCAGCGAAGAAUCGCUUUUACGUGAGUUAAAUUUGGAAUUGAAAGACUUCCGCACAACUUCGUGUAGAUUGCAUUGCAUGCAUCGCUUACGAAAAACCCAAUACGAAGGCGACUUGACGGAACGACAUAACAAUUGGGCGGAUCAAUCGUGCACCGAACACUGUUCGAGGAAAAAUGAAACAGCUUCCGCGCAAUCGGAUAAGUAUCAGUUUACACAUACUCGCCAUCGGAUGAUAUUAGUCUGCCGUGACGACACUAGCUUGACAUUUCGUAUUGUACACGUCCGCAGUGUUGGAAAUGAUGAUACAGAUAAUGCUGCAGAAGGUGAAGGUGAAGAAAUUGCAAGUGGCGCAGUUGGUGUAACUCAGAGGGAUGCAACGAAAAAAAAAUAUAGGAGCAUUAUAUUGAAUAGCAAAGAAGAAGAUCACAGCAUAUUUACAGCGCCGGUGAGCAUGCCGAAUGCCACGGCGCCACAAAUGCAGACAACAAUGGCAAAUCCCAACAUUGACACCGGACAACUGAGUGAGCCGGCAGAAGCGAUUUAUAUGAUUAAAGUACAAAGUGGCACAAACGCGACUAUUUAUAUGUUCAAUGAGAACUUCUUCACAAUAGAUCAUCUCCAAAAUUCCACCACCUAUACAAUUUCCGCUUUGGCGGUGAAUGCUAAGCAUCAAUAUGCUAUCGUGGCUAGAGCCCAGGAAUAUUCCACUUUACAGCAUGACUAUACGCCGGGCUUUGUCGGAGAUAUGAAAUUGGAGCGCUUUCUUCCCGACUAUUCAAAUGAAAUACAUCUUUUGGCGGAAAUCACUUGGCAACCACCAGAAGACAGAACAUGUUACUACGUUAUACUCUAUUACGAUGAAUCAGGAUCUGAUAUGACAACUAUGGAAAUACGUAAUCCACGACAAUUGUACAUGCAUACCUUAGAGAAUUUAACCUUUUCGGCCACGUACAAGGUUGGUAUUAUCGCCCAAAAUACCCACAAUGUCGCCAAGGAAAGUGAAAUGAAGUGGUUAAUGAUCCAGACACCGUCGUGUGCGAAAUGGUACAACUACAAUUUCAACAUUUGCCCACCAUUUGCCCCCAAAGGAUUAAAAGUUAAGCGCAAAUAUGUCAGAGGAAAUAUUUAUUCACUAUAUAUUAGUUGGAAAAAGGCUAAGCAUGCGAUAAGCUACUACAUCAUAACUGUGGUGGAUCGUAUAGGUGUUGGACGUGAUUAUAAAUUUAAUGUUAGUAAGGAUAGCAUAACAUUUUUAAUAGAAGAAAUCGAACUAAACGGUACACUAUAUGAUGUGCAUUUGAUGGCCUGCACCCCGGGUGGCAACACUACCACCGUUCUGCAGGAGAUCAACAGUCAAACUGUAGUUUUGCCAGAUAAGAGCACAAGUGUUGCCUUUCUAGUGAUCGGCGGACCAAUCGGCCUCCUCACCAUUAUCGUCAUGUGGAUCUUCCUUCACCAUCGGUGUGCAAAAUAUAGAAGACAUCAGAAGCGUUGCGAAUAUUUUCAGGACCUUGAAAAUAAAGCGCCUAUCGAUCCAAAGGGGACAUUUGACUUCCCAACGAAAACUUUGCUCACCUCACCGGAAGACCUGACCCAGUUUCAAUUGGAUCUUGAGGAGAAAAUAUUUUUCAACGAUGCCAUGGAAAUCGACCGCAACGAUAUUACGUUGCACGAAAUUCUGGGUGAGGGCGCGUUUGGCUUGGUGCGGCGUGGUAUAUACAACGAUGGCAAAUCCGGCGUUCGCGAAGUGGCUGUCAAAAUGUUGAAAGAUCGUCCUUCGGUCGAUGAUGUGCGCGCUUUCCGGCGUGAAAUCGAAGUAAUGAAAUCGGUGGAGCGGCAUCCGAAUAUUGUUGGCAUCAUUGGACAUUGCACAAAGCGUUACAAUGAAAUGCUCUUGCUGACGGAAUACUGCAGUUUCGGAAAUUUGCUGGAUUUUUUAAGAGAUGAAUGGAAAUAUUUGUACGACAUGAAUGUAAAAUGCAGCAGCGCCUCAAUAAAUCGAAUGUGCUGCCGAUUGAGUCGGCACGGCGCCAAAAAACAUCAGAGGCGUGGGCGCCAUAGCGUUUCGCAAACGCAUCGACACAAUCGUAGCGAUAGCAACAGCAACAGCCAACGCAACUCCAUUGACCAUAGCUACACCAGCAGAAGCGGGGGUUGUGGCACCGAGGAAGGUGCUAAGGUUUUCAGCAUUGACGGCAACAUCAUUGAGCGACUCAAGUUCAAAUAUAAAAAUCUAAACGCGCUGCAACAGCGAAAUAGUCUUACAACAGCAACAACAACAACCCUCUAUCGGCCAACAUAUGAUAUAUCCACGGCGACUACGAUGACGUCGAUUACCACCAUAAACGACAGCAUGCCACCGCCGCCACCCACACCGCUGCUGUCGCCAUACUCCAUUGCCGCAGACAACAAAUCGUACGGAUACGAGGAAAUCUGUUGCAACUCAUGCAAGAGUAACAAGUGUGUUAAGAUCCCGAAAGUGCUUAACGGUAACACUGCGAGAAGUGAGGCGGCAAUCCAACAGUUUGAUAACGAGCACGGAGAGCAACAGAAAAAAGAGGGUCACUACACGCAUGCGAGAAAUUGUGAAUGCCAUCAAAAUUUAUUGAAUGAGGGUCACGCGAAAGCGCAACAACAACAACAAGUGGUAACCGAAAGUGCGAGGAAAUCGGCCGGUGGGGUUGCAAAUAAAUCAUAUUUUAGGUUUGUACCUGAAAUUGUGAGUGAAGCGGCACUGCGCCAACGUCAAUGGCAAAGGCGUCAAGCACGUGCUGCGGCACGAAACAGAGCGCUAGCGUUGCCACCUACCGAAAACAGCACGACUACUACAGUGACCAGCGCUGCUACCACCCCCGACAAUUUCGACCAUGAUGACUUAAGUGGAAGCGUGCGCCGUCAGCCUUUGAGCACCACCGAUCUCUUGGAUAUAGCGCGACAGGUUGCGGUUGGCAUGGAAUUUUUGGCGAAGAAUAAGGUGGUUCAUCGUGACUUGGCUGCACGAAACGUGCUCGUCGCACCAGAUCGCACCAUUAAAAUUGCUGACUUUGGUCUGAGCCGUGACAUUUACCAGGAAAAUGUUUAUAAGAAAACCGGAAAUGGAAAAUUGCCCAUCAAAUGGUUGGCCUUGGAAUCAAUGACUCACCAGGUGUACACGACCCAAAGCGAUGUUUGGUCGUAUGGCAUACUGCUCUAUGAGAUUGUGACACUCGGCGGCACACCCUACCCCUCAAUACCGACGCAUCGCCUAUUGCAUCUGUUGAAGACCGGCUAUCGCAUGGAGAAACCAAGGAAUUGCGGACCUGAAUUCUACAACCUCAUGCAUGCCUGUUGGAAUGUGAAUCCUGGUGAGCGCCCUACUUUCAGUGAAAUUAUUAAAAUUCUUGAAGAUUUUUUGGUUGAUGAGCCGGAACGCCAAAUCGAGACAGUAUUGGGUGUGCCAAACUUGGAAUGCAUUGAACAGUACAGCCCUAAAGAUAGUCAAUGCCAACAACAACAACAACAAAAGCAACAAUAUCAAGAGCAACCAGAAGAUAAUGAUGAAAUGUUGGAUACGUCGAAUAUGGAUGACUCAUAUUUGAAGCCAUUGUAGUCGCACUAAGUCGACUUGAGCGAACUCUUGAAAAUUUGGAGAACAAAAGUUAUUAAAAGCAUUUAUAUAUAAACUUACUAAUAUAUUAAUAAUUGUGAAAUAUUUGUGGCCGACCAAGAAUUAAAGGGGCAUUUGUAACAUUCUUGAAACCGACUACUACAAAUGUCACAUUUAUGUGGAUAUGCCUGUACUUAUGCGUAGACAACUAAAUAGAACAUAGCUUAAUAAGGUUAAGUUAAGUAUGUUUACUAUAUAUCUAAGAAUGAAGGAAGUCAAGAGCACUUCAACAAUAAAUAAUAUCACACACAUACAAGUACACCCUGUAGUUAAAUGAACUAGAAUUAAACCAUUCUAAAUUCAGUUCAACUAUUCAGCGAAACUAAGUCUUAUUAAAAUUUAUAAUUUUUUCGAAAAAUUUCUGAAAUAAAAGUCACAUAGGUAUAACUUCAGAUUACUAAGCCCAUAACAAAUUAAAAAUCGUGUUAUUUGACAUAAAAUCUGUUCACUACGACAGCUCUCAUUAACAAAAGACAAAGGUCUGAAAACUACUGCGAAUUGAAAUUCAGCAAAAGUUUGCUUUUUAUAACGUUUGUUUUAUUUCUAUAAUUAGUUAAAAAAGUACUCCCGCCGACUACCAAUCUUUGAAACAUUUUUUUCAACUCAAAGUUCCGUUUUUAAGUCUAUCAAACAGAAAAUCUAUGUACUAUCGUUAAUGGAACCAUUUGAGAUUUUGAACUUCGCUGCUCCCUCACUAAUAGUUAAUUUAUCAUUUUUGGAAAAAAUUUCUUUAAUGUGUACAAUGUUUUCAUACAGUUCUGAUGGCCUUUCAAAGAAAAACAUAUUUUUUUAAUAAUCCUCAAUUUUAUUUUUCAAAAUAACAGAUACACCAAUAUAGCAUUAUUCUAACAUUUUGAUAUCAUUGUGGAAAUACGAUUUGUUGUUAGCUUCAAUUGGGCUUUGAGUUCAAAACUAUUUUUCAAAAAACCUUUAAAUAACUGACCACUUUGUGAUCUGCUUUCCACAUUGCGCAUUAACUUCUCGGAUCGAUAUAUUUUGUUAAUCUAAUCUGUUCUAAUUAAAGGAAAGCAUUUUCUCACAAAAAAAUGUCUCCUAAAUUUAUGGAAAAACUUUGUGCCGACUAAAUUCUUUUAUUUUUAUAUUAAUUGAUAAGCAGAUUUUAUACGGCAAAAUGUAUCCAAUAAAUAAAUAAAUGUUAAGCUUUAAAUUUAACGCUUGUGAACCUAUUAUAAGCUCAUAGCUUCAACUAUUCACUGCAGGGUACAAAUGUAUGUGUGUAAGUCGUUGACGAGUAGCGAAACGAAUCAUUAGACUCUUACGAAGUACUACAAGUACGAUCCAAACAAAAUGCGCUUGAAAGUGAAAAGGCAGUUGUGGAACAAACUAAAGCUCCACUUACUAACUGGUCAAUCGGAAUUGGUAAUGAAUAUCACUCGCAAAAAUGGCAAUGAAAAUGAAAACCAAAGCAAAUAGCUUAUAAUUUCGUAGAGAAGGAAGUUGAUGAUGAAUGAUUAGCAGACUUCAAAGAGUCGCAUUUAAAUAAUUGUGUGGGAGCAUACAUUUUAAUAUUAACUCAUACUAACUCACAUAAUUUUAAAAUAUCAAUGACCUAAAUUUACUCAAAGAAACUGAAUUAAAAAUCUAUAAUACAUGUAAGUUUAGAAAAAUAAAUAGUUUAAGUAACCUUAAACGUCUUAAGUAAAAUAAGAUAACUGUUUUUACACAUUUAAAAUUAAAUUUUAUUAAUUAAAAAAGAAAAGACAAUACCGUUAACAAAUUAAGAAAAUGAAAGCUACAAAAAUACAU